UUCAGUUUUUCAAUGGACAUAUUUAAUGUAGUUGUUAAUAUUUAACUAUUUUCACCAAAUUAGUAAUAUUCUAUAAUUGGUGUACCUCACUUGUCACCUUUAAUAUUAGCUUUAACCAACUGUUUAACAGUUUUAGACAGGGCUAUCGAUUUAAUUUAAAAUAGCAUAUUAAAACAGUCAACAUUUCUAUAUUGAUAUAAACAAAUAUUUUACUGAACUAUUCAUAGCCUAUAUAAUUAGUUAUGUAUUUUCUUUUUCUAAAGUUCCUGCAAUACAUUACACAUGUGAUGUUCAAACUAUUUACCCUAGUUAGUUCUUCUCCAAAUUAGAGAUCUAAACUAUUUCCAGACUGUAAUAGGUGUAUAAAAUGACUCAUUUUGGAAGAGGAGUAUUAUUUCAUCAGGAAUCGCAUGUCCACUUGUUUAAAGGCCAAGUCAUCAUAAUGACUACAAAUUUCUGCAGAAAUACUUCUUGAGGUCAGAUCUUGAAUGGUUUGUGAGUUUUUAUUUCCUGUGCCAUUUCAAAAUGAAAAACAAAGUGAACACUAGACCUCGUCCCGAAGCCCUGACAAGCUAUGUGGGUGAAAGAAUACACAAGUAUUAUGUGGUUUGACUUUAAAGAACCUGACAUAUGUUCAUAGGAAAAAGUCCUGUUUGAGUUUCACACCUUUGCAGAUGAGACAUGAUUUCAGUCUUCAGAAACUUGCAUCACACAGACACAAUGCUGCGGCCCGUCCUCUUUGGAUUUAUAGGGAUCAUCGUUUUGUCCCCGAGGCCGUCGUUAGGCGUGAAGACUCUGGAGGUCCGUCUCGGCACGGCGGUGACCCUGCAGUGUGAUUUAUCACAUCUUUAUGAGAUUAACUGGCUGAGGAUAAGCACGGAAAUGAAACCUGAGCUUCUGAUGGUUCUGGGGCUGAACAAUGAUGGACAGUUAUCAAUCACCUGGAGUUCCAAUAGCUCCAGUUUCCAUGGUUUUAUCCAAAAUCGGUUAUUCCAGCUGAGAAUUGAACGAGUGUCCGAUGCAGACCUCGUCACGUACUUCUGCGCAGCGGUAAAUGAGAAUCGGAUCGAGUUUGGUGAAGGAUUGCGGUUAGACGCCGUCUUGGAUGUGCAGCAGCCUCCAGAUCAGAAUCUCACACACUGCCAAGGCUCAGACACCAAACCCGAAGACUCGGGAGGACAUUUUCGCACCCACAUGAUAAUCUCAGGAGUGUUGAACUGCGGCGUUCUCCUCAUGGUCAUCACCAUCAUCGCUGUCCACAUUAUGACCAGUGAAAGAAAGCAGUGCUAGAUUGUACUAGUGGUUAAAAAAAAUCCAUUUGGUUUACUGAGCAGAUGUUUCAGACAAGCUUUCUGUUAUUAACACCAUCAUUUAACUGGUUUGAAUUGUGUUUAUCGUAUUACAGUUGGAUCAAUGGCUUCUCAUUUUAGCAUCUGUGUAUUGCUGAUGUUCUGCUGGCUUUUCUUCCUAAGUAAAGAGAAUAAUAGACCAUGUUGGUGAUUAACAGAACCGAGUGCAAGGAUGUAGACAAACUAAAGCAAUUGUUUAAUGUUUUCUUUUCAAUCAAUGUAUUUAAUUUGUUUGUUAAUAUAAUAUAUUUUACCUUUCAUGUUGGUUACCACUGUUUUAUACAGGAUUACCGUACUUUGUUUAAAUUUUUUUUCCUGCAUCCCUGUUGGAUCGCUGUGGCUUCUCUCUUCAGCUUGGUGUUUUUGUUCCUUGGUUAGAUUUUAAUAUUAAAAUAAGGCGAUUUAAACAAAUGCUAAAAUAUAAAGUGUUCAGUGGUGUCCAGAUUCAUUUCAGUGAUUCUUUUGAUAAAAUGAACAGAAGCCUUUGCUUCUCGAACCAAAUGGAACUUCCUCUCGUCCUGCUAGAGACGACCAGCGAGGGCAAUCGGAAACAGUUCUACUAUUAAUGUUACUCUAUACGGCUCUGGAAUUGGACUUUGUAAGCAGACGCGGUUUGGUCUGUGGAUUAUGUGCUUGGUAGUAAAAAAUAAAAAAGAGAAUAUAAGACACUAGUUAGUUGGAUGAAAGCUUCAUUUAGAAGUUCUGUGUACUUUAUGGAGAGUUUUAAUUACUAUAUGACUUUCAGAUAUCCUGCUAAUCAUCCAAAUAGUGGUAGUGGAAGUGUAGUGAUGUGUUCCUCACCAUGGAGCUAAAUCUGAGGUUCUUCAGACAUCCAUAUACAGUAUAAACCAGUGGUCACCAACCUUCUUCGAUGAGAUCUAUCUUCCUGCAGGUUUAAUCUCCAAUCAAAAGCUAACACCUGUUUUAGCUGAUCAAGAACUUCUUAAGGCACUGAUUAGAUGUUCAGGUGGGCACCAUUAUGGUUGGAGCUAAAGUCUUCAGGAAAGUAGAUCUCCAGGAACAGGGUUGGUGACCACUGCUAUAAGCCAUGUUAGAUCCUUCACCCUGAUGUUUUUGUGAAGCUUCAACAGAUUCCAGCAGAUGGCAGUAGGGAUGAAGAAGAAGAAGAGGAAGAAGAAGAAAACGAAGAAAGCGGUUCUCUAAAAAGAAAAAAAGAAACUACAAAAAAAAAGGGAAAUAAGUUUUAAAGACUUUUUUUUUUCGCCAGUGGAUAUUUGAUUAAACAGGAUGCAGCUCAUGAGCAGGAUGUUUUUGCUGUAUCUUCUUGGUCUGCUCACCUUCCUGUCCGUGACCUCAGCCCUGAUUGUGAUACUCGGACACAAGGCCAACAUUCCUUGUAAUCGAAGCUGUUCUACAGUUAAAUGGUUUAGAAAGGAUAUCCUGGUUUGUAGUUUUGCUGAAGGAAAGUUCACCGUUUCUCCCGAGUUUAAAGGCAGGAUCGAGUUCUCUGAAGUGAACCUGAGACAGGGAGACGCCUCCCUCACUAUAACCAACGUUGAGUACAAUGACAGAAGCUGGUACGUGUGCUCCUGUGACGACGAGAAGGGCUGUGACCAGUACCUGGAAGUGCUAGUUCCGACUCCAUUAACCGUCCUGGUUGGUGAUAAGGCUAAGCUGAACUGCUACGCCGAAACAGACAAACUCACAGCUGAAUCUAAAGCCGUUGUCCGAUGGGAAAAAGAUGACAAGCUCGUGGUGAAGCUAGAACACGGAGAGAUGGUGUUUGGUGCAGGAUUUGAGGAUCGAGUUUCUGUCUCCAAAGAGGAUUAUAACAGAGGAGACCUCUCGCUCACCAUCCACAACGUCAGGCCCUUCGACGCGGGCUUGUACAGAUGCUCUUGUCCGAAUGAAAAAUCCAAAAAUCCUAAGCUCAUCGAGCUCACCGUUAAAGAUUCCCCACUAGACUGGAUUCCAGCAGUUUGUAUCUCAGUGGUGUGCGUGUUCAUCGGAGUUGCGGCAGUUGUACUGUGGGCUUAUCGGCGAACACUCUGCACAGCACUACACAGUGCCAGCGACUAAAGGGAGAUGGAACUUAUUUGCUGCUAUUAAUGUAUAUACACAUUAUGUUUACCUUCUCUAGCUUCUUUCAGCUAAAGCAAACUUUACACUUACCUCACUGACAGUAUUUUAAGCUUUAUUAAUUACUGGAUUAGCUACAAAGUGGUUAAGGCUCUGGGUUAUGGAUCAGAAGGUUGGGGUUCAAACCCCAGCACCAGCAAGCUGCCUCUGCUGGGCCUUUGAGCAAGGCCUUUAACCAUCUCUGCUCCAGUGGUGCUGACCUCUGACCUCAACCUCCUAACAAACUGAGAAACGUGAAGUGUGUUUCAGUGAGGUGCACUAACAGUUACUGCGCACGUCUGUUCCUAAAGCAUGUCCGGUGGCGACAUUUUUAAACAUACAGCUGUUUAACACAAUAAUUACUCACUUGAAAUUUCUGAGUUUGUCAAACAGUGAACAAAUAUACGUAGAUAUGCAAAAAUCAGCAAUACAUGAUCGACCGUCACUGCCAGAUAAUAUGAGUUAUUAUAAUAUGAAACUCUGCAGUCUGAGGAAAAGACUCCUCCUGUACACUUUUAGUCUCCGGCGUUACUGUGGAAUUGUAUUGUAGUUCGGCUGUGCUUUGUCUGCUGGAAAAUCGGUACCCUGUCGUUUCCCCGAACGCUAGUUUGCUCCUGACCUCAGAGAAAUCCAACUCAACAAUGGUACUAAUCGUCAUUUUGUCAUUAAAUCAAGCCACUAGUCAUGGAAAAUGAGUACGGUUCCUCGCUAGUGUUUGUCAACCGAAUAUAUUCUAGGAACAGCGAUGUCACUUCCUGCUCUUGUGAAUACUAAUAUGAAAUGAUCUACAAUCUGAUACAUCUCAUAUCCAUUAGCUCAAAGCCUUAACCACUGAUCCACAUCCAUUACUUAAUUAUAAGGCCAGGUGGUUUUUUUACACAACUGUCCUUUUGAAUGCACUUUCAAGUUACUUAAAUUUGUUUUUAUUACGUUUAAUCACAAAGCAGAAAUUUAAUAUAAAAAUUGUAGGAAUAAGAAAAACCACUGCAGCCCGAGCCAGUGUUAAAACCCGGAAGUUGAUUGUUUUCCUAUAACAGCACACGCUGAUGAAUUUGAGUUCUCUUACAGCACAGUAAUGUCCCAAGAAAUGCAAUUGAUAAUUUAUUAAAUAUCACUACAGAUGUUUUUACAUUUAUAGUUACAUUUUAUGGAAUAUAGUUUUUACAUUUAUAGUUACAUGUUGUGGAAUAUCAGCAAAACAAAUUAGCUCAUAAGACAAAAAAAGGGGGGG